AUGACGGCGCCCUCUAGCAAUGUAUCCGUAUCGCCACGAGGCCUCAUGACGCCAACUUGCCUCACAGAAAGAAACAACACGCGGCGCGCAUCCCUCAGGCAGCAGAUCAAGCACAUCUUGAACUUGUCACCACCUACGAUGAAUCGCCGCCCCUCUUCCAGCGCUUUCCCUGAUCUACCCCCGCUUGCCCGUGGAGCCCCUGUCCCCCGCCACCCCUCGUCGACCGCCACGGAAGCAUCUAAGCACCUUCCUCUAGAAGCAAACCAAAUACAGGUUCUAGAUGCUUCUCCGUCUUCCGUUCCCUCCAUCAGCGCCGCCGUCGCAGGUCGUGGUACACCCACAACCGCAUCGGUAGCCGCCAUUCCAGCCACCAAUCCCGCAGCAAAAGAAGGGGCUGUUGCGAUUCAGUCAGACGGCUCUCGUACUGCCGAGAAUCCUUCUCAACUUCCGAAUCCGCGGUUGCCGCCGCAGACCAGUGCGGCGCCGUGGAUACUGCCGCCGCAUAUAGCCGACGCGCAGGCUGGCGAAGUGGUCCGCGCUGCGGGGAAUGAGGGAGGGGAGGCGGGAGAUGCAGCAGCAGUGGCGGGGAAGAGCGUGCCGAUGGUACCGAUGGUGCCGAUAUUGCCAGAAAUGCCGUCGUGCGAGCGAUGGGUGCGCGACGCCCUGGUCGCCGUGCGACAGUACCUCACCAUGCCCGACGGCAAGAAAUGGCCGGGUAGUAACCGGGGCACGUUUGAUCUGUCAACCCGCACACGUGCAUUGCGAUUCCACCCUCGUGCGACCCUGGCCAGCUUGUCCCCUCCACCCCUCGCGCAACCAACCUCUUUCCCUACUCCCUCGCUGCUCCUCCCGUCCAUCUCACCCCGCCCAUCCCUCGCUCUCGCUUCUCAUCUUCCCCCUCCCAUCGUACCCGCCUUCCCCCUCUUUCCUCCUCCCCCCUCCCCGCUACGCGUGCCCCCGACAGCCCUUCGAGCCGAACGCCAAGCGAUGAUUAUGGGCGGCGCCAUAGCGAGCGCGUGUUUCAAUGCGGGUCUGCGGCACCCCACCAACAAUCACCGCUCUCUCAUCGACUUCUCGAUCGCGCGGCUGAUGCAGCCGAUGCUGCUGCUGGGCAUCAGCAUCGGCGUCAUGUGCAACGUCAUCUUCCCGCCCUGGCUCAUCACCGUCAUGCUCUGCGUCCUCCUCUCCUUCAUGACGUACAAGACCCUGGGCAAGGGCAUCGCCACGUGGAGAAAAGAGACACGUGUCAAUCCGGCGCUCUCCCGAACAUCAUCCGUGUCGUCGCAUACCUCCCGCCGCUCAACCACACCUGGCUACCGCGGCCCUCACAGCACAACAGGGGGGGGCAGGGCGGAGCAGCAGUACAGGAGCAACAGGCACAGCAGAGGCGACGCAUCCCCCUUCUCGCCUCUCCCGAACGGCCACUCGCACUCAUCAACUCUCUACAAGCCCCCGCACUCCCACCACCACCAUCACCAUGAAGCCGCGACCCUCAAGCCCACCAUGUCCCUCGAUUCUGCCUUUGCUGCCCGUUCCUUUGCUGCCGCCCCUCCACCGUCCGCGCUGCUGUCCCACGCGUCGCUGCACUCGUAUACGAGCCUGGACUCAGAGACAGCUCACCUUCCGUCUCGUGCUUUCCGCUUACAAUAUACUCACACUUACAGCAUUGCUCCUCCCAUGUCUCUUCCGCAGUGCCAAGCGCAGGCCCCGCCAGCAGCAGCAGGGGGGCGGCGGCGGUGGGUGAUGGGGGGAGCGGACGCGGUGGCGGUGGUGGAGAUGGUGCUGGUGUGGGCCUUCUUCCUCGUCGUGCAGGUCGUCAAGUCCUCCACGCCUGACUGCAGCAUGCAGUACUGGCUCCUCACUGCUGCACAGGUGCCGGUGGCGCUGUUUGCAACGCUGCUGACGGGGUGGAGGGCCCGAGGCCGCAAGCUCUGGUGGGAGCCCGUCGACACCUCCCGUGCAUACCUGCGCCUCUCCGCUCCCUCCACCCCCACCGCCGCCCAUGCUGCACGCGUCCCCACCCACGCCGCCAUCACCACCGGCGCUGCUGCUGCUGCUGCUGCUGGUGCAGCGGUUGCUCUGUCGGUGCCGGGGUCGCCAGUCCCCCCCGGGACUCCGCGCAACGUGCCGCCGCGCUAUGAUUUCGCGCGCGAGCUGACGUACCCGCUGGCGUCGCUGCUGGCGGGGUGCAUGGGCGGGCUGCUGGGCAUCGGAGGCGGCAUGGUCAUGGGGCCCGUGCUGCUCGAACUCAACAUUCCACCUCAGGUGACAUCAGCAACGUCCACGUUCAUAGUGGUGUUCUCUUCCUCCCUCUCCGUGGUGGAGUUUUACCUGCUGGGCCGCAUCCCCCUCAAGGUCGCCUCCUACUUCUGCCUGCUCGCCAUGAUCGCUGCCGUGUCAGGCCUCUCCAUAGUGCGCUCCAUUGUCAUCCGCUCAGGCAAGGCGUCCAUCAUCAUCUUUGCACUGGCAUCAGUGAUCGGCAGCAGCGCCAUUGUGCUGGGGGCCAUUGGCGGCCUGCAUGUGCUCAACGACUGGAAGCACGGCGAGUCUAUGGGCUUCCGCCCCCUCUGCAACCAGGUCUGGUGA